AGCGCUCCUUGAGAUUCUCCUAAUAAUUGUCAAAUAUCAUGCCGCUUUAAUUCUUCCCUCCCUCCUUUGGUGGCGUGGGGAGGUCUCCCUGUCACUAAAAGAGACGUUUCCUCAAGAUAUGCUUUCCUGUGAUUCAGCAACAAAUUUAACAAGGCCGAAGUGACAAGAAGGCAGCGAAAAGGAAACGACGACGACCCGAGCCCGCCCGGCAUGUCCGCCACGGCGCCCGCGCCCGAGCUCAACCCAAACGACAACAAUGCCUACCUCGUGUACAUCCCAUCCGCCGUCUUCGUGGUCAUCUGCCCCGUGCUGAUGGCCUUUCGGAUAUGGGCACGCCUGAGGAAUGGAGGCAAGCUUGGCGCCGAUGACUGGACGGCCAUAUUAGCUCUGAUAUUCACCCUUCUGACGAGCGGAUUUCUCGUAGCCUCUUGCCAAUACGGCAUGGGACGACACUGGGCUACCUUAAACAAGCACGAGAAGUUCGAGACCAACAAGUACUUCUACAUGGCGCAGGUGACCUACAAGGCGGCCAUCAACCUCGUCAAGUGCUGCAUCCUCCUGCUCUACCUGCGCCUCUUCCACGUCGUCCAGUGGUUCCGCCUCUCCUGCUGGGCCCUCCUGGCCGCCGUGGCCAUGUACUGCACGGCGUCCAUCACGGCGACCAUCUUCCAGUGCCGGCCGAUCGCGCGCGCCUUCGACAAGGACGACACGCCGGGCACGUGCAUCGACACGGCCAAGUUCUGGUUCGCCAACGCGGGCUUCUCCAUCGCGACGGACGUGAUCAUCCUGCUGCUGCCGAUGCCGCUGGUGUGGCGGCUGGAGGUGCCGACGGCGCAGAAGGCCGCGCUCGCGGCCGUCUUCGCCGUCGGCAUCUUCGUCGUCGUCACCUCGUGCCUGCGCGCCACCACGCUCGACCUCUUCGCCACCAGCCCGGACAACACGUACAACAUCGCCAACGUCAUGUGGACCAUCGUCGAGCCCAACGUCGCCGUCGUCUGCUCCUGCCUGCCCAUCCUGCGGCCCUUCGUGAUGGGGAUCAUCCCGGCGCUGCGCAGCAGGCGCGGCGCCGGCUCGCGGGGCUUGCCGAGCUAUGGCAACGGGAGCGCAGGGACAGGCACCGGCACGGGUGCUCAGAAGUCGCGCGCCACGCAGGGCAGCCGGAGCCGGUCUGACGGCAUGGGCGGGGGCCGCGGCGGCGGCGAUUGGGUUGAGCUCGGCGGCGUCGCGGCGGCGCGGGGCGGGCUGCGCCGCCCGAACUCCCUGACCGGCAGCGAGGAGGACAUGUUGGCGGGGACCAAAGGGGCGGUGGAGGUAGGCGGGAGGGGGAUCCACAAGACGGUCGAGUACAGCGUCCAGUACUCGGAGGAGCAGCAGUAGAAUGGUGGCCAGGAGGACGAAGUUAGCACUGCGUUGCGGGAAAGGGAGUGGCCUAAAAUAGGUAAGGUAUCUAUUCCGUCCGACGCUCAACAGGUUCCAGAUACUGUACAUGACUCAGUUUGGGUUGUUGUUAGAUAAAAUGGCAACGUAACAUCCGUGAUAUGCUUC